AUGGCAACAGGCCAGAGGGCGACGACAAGCAGUGGUCUGAGGAGCUGGCGGGGCCGGGGAGCCGGUGGCUGGCAGGGAGCUGGAGGCCGGUGUCGGCGGGGGCCGGGGGUCGGAGGGGGGCCUGAGGCUAAUGCUCAACAAGCCAACAAUGUGAAGGCAACUUGUCAUAUUUAUAAUCCUCAGAAUAUUGGGUGGGAUUUCAACAAGGCCUCUGCUUACUAUGCCACUUGGGAUGCAAACAAACCUCUAAAUUGGCGCAAGAAAUAUGGGUGGACUAACUUCUGUCGACCAGCUACAAACCGAGACACAAAAGCACAGGCAACAGUGAGAAUAGUUGAUCAAUGUGCAAAUGGAGGGCUUGACUUGGACGUUAAUGAAUUCAACAAGAUCAACACCAAUUGCAAAGGAUAUAAUGCUGGUCAUCUGCAGGUGGAUUAUCAGUUUGUUAACUGCUAG